CCCCUUGGCGCCGCGGCCGGAGCCAUUUCGCCGCCGCCUCCAUGCAAGUUGAGGUGCGCUCGCCGGUUGUCUGUGGGGAAGACAGGCGUCGCGGACUAUCCUGAGAGGGCUGUGCUCUCGGGCACUAGGAGGCGGACGCCGGUCUGAAGAAGAUUUGAAUCAUGGGUGAUGUUAAAAAUUUCCUGUAUGCCUGGUGUGGCAAAAGGAAGAUGACCCCAACCUAUGAAAUUAGAGCAGUGGGGAACAAAAACAGGCAGAAGUUCAUGUGCGAGGUCCGAGUGGAGGGAUACAAUUACACUGGCAUGGGCAAUUCCACCAAUAAAAAAGAUGCCCAGAGCAAUGCGGCCAGAGACUUCGUUAACUAUUUGGUUCGAAUUAAUGAAGUAAAGAGUGAAGAAGUCCCAGCGGUUGGGGUGGCACCUCCGCCCUCAAUUACUGAUACACCUGACACUACAGCAGAUACUGGGGGAGGUUUACUGACAACCAUGGGAGGACCUCUUCCUCCACAUCUGGCUCUCAAGGCAGAAAACAGUUCUGGAGUUGGGGCCUCUGGCUAUGGUGCUCCUGGGCCCACCUGGGAUCGAGGAGCCAAUUUGAAGGAUUAUUACUCAAGGAAAGAGGAGCAGGAAGUACAAGCGACUCUGGAGUCCGAAGAAGUGGACUUAAAUGCUGGGCUUCACGGAAACUGGACCUUGGAAAACGCCAAGGCUCGUCUGAACCAAUACUUUCAAAAGGAGAAGAUCCAAGGGGAGUACAAGUACACCCAAGUGGGUCCUGACCACAACAGGAGCUUUAUUGCAGAAAUGACCAUUUAUAUCAAGCAGCUGGGCAGAAGAAUUUUUGCACGUGAACACGGAUCAAAUAAAAAACUGGCAGCACAGUCCUGUGCACUGUCCCUCGUCAGACAGCUCUACCAUCUUGGAGUGAUUGAAGCUUACUCUGGACUUACAAAGAAGAAAGAAGGAGAGACAGUGGACCCUUACCAAGUGAACCUCUCUCAAGAUUUGGAACAUCAGCUGCAAAACAUCAUUCAGGAGUUAAAUCUUGAGAUCGCGCCCCCACCUGAUGAUCCUUCUGUUCCUGUUGUCCUCAAUCUUGGCAAAUUGGCUCAUUUUGAGCCAUCUCAGCGACAGAACCAGAUGGGUGUGGUUCCCUGGUCACCUCCACAGUCCAACUGGAAUCCGUGGACGAGCAGCAACAUUGAUGAGGGGCCCCUGGCUUAUGCUACUCCGGAACAAAUAAGCAUGGACCUCAAGAGUGAAUUAACGUACCAGCUGGAACAGGAUCAUGAUUUGCAAGUAAUCUUACAGGAGAGAGAAUUACUGCCUGUGAAGAAAUUUGAAAGUGAAAUCUUGGAAGCAAUUAGUCAAAAUCCAGUUGUCAUUAUCCGAGGCGCUACUGGAUGUGGUAAAACCACGCAAGUUCCCCAGUUUAUUCUAGACGACUUUAUCCAGAAUGACCGAGCAGCAGAGUGUAAUAUUGUAGUGACUCAGCCCAGGAGAAUCAGUGCCGUUGCUGUGGCAGAGCGAGUUGCGUAUGAGAGGGGAGAAGAGCCUGGGAAAAGCUGUGGCUACAGUGUUCGAUUUGAGUCCAUACUUCCCCGCCCUCAUGCCAGUAUCAUGUUUUGUACUGUGGGUGUGCUCCUAAGAAAAUUAGAAGCAGGCAUUCGAGGAAUUAGUCAUGUGAUUGUAGAUGAAAUACACGAAAGAGACAUAAAUACUGACUUCCUUUUGGUAGUGUUGCGUGAUGUGGUUCAGGCUUACCCUGAAGUUCGCAUUAUUCUCAUGUCUGCUACUAUUGAUACCAGCAUGUUCUGUGAAUAUUUCUUCAAUUGCCCCAUCAUUGAAGUCUAUGGGAGGACUUACCCAGUUCAAGAAUAUUUUUUGGAAGACUGUAUUCAGAUGACCCACUUUGUUCCUCCACCAAAGGACAAGAAGAAGAAGGACAAGGAGGACGAUGGUGGUGAGGAUGAUGACGCAAAUUGCAACUUGAUCUGUGACGAGGAAUACGGCCCAGAAACAAAGAUGAGCAUGGCUCAGCUGAAUGAAAAGGAAACUCCUUUUGAACUCAUCGAGGCUCUGCUUAAGUACAUUGAGACCCUUAAUGUUCCUGGAGCUGUGUUGGUUUUUCUGCCUGGCUGGAAUUUGAUUUAUACUAUGCAAAAGCAUUUAGAAAUGAAUUCACAUUUUGGAAGCCAUAGGUAUCAGAUUCUGCCUCUGCAUUCUCAGAUCCCUCGAGAGGAGCAGCGUAAAGUAUUUGACCCAGUACCCAGUGGAGUAACCAAGGUUAUUUUGUCCACAAACAUUGCUGAGACGAGCAUUACUAUAAACGAUGUUGUUUAUGUCAUUGACUCCUGCAAGCAAAAAGUGAAGCUGUUCACCGCUCACAACAACAUGACCAACUACGCCACAGUGUGGGCAUCCAAAACCAACCUGGAGCAGCGCAAGGGGCGUGCUGGCCGCGUGCGGCCGGGGUUCUGCUUCCACCUCUGCAGCCGAGCUCGUUUUGAGAGACUCGAAACCCACAUGACACCAGAGAUGUUCCGAACGCCGCUGCAUGAAAUUGCUUUGAGCAUAAAACUGCUGCGUCUGGGAGGCAUCGGCCAGUUCCUGGCCAAGGCGAUUGAGCCUCCGCCUCUGGAUGCCGUGAUUGAAGCAGAGCACACGCUUAGAGAGCUUGAUGCAUUAGAUGCCAAUGAUGAAUUGACUCCUCUGGGACGGAUCCUGGCUAAACUCCCCAUUGAGCCUCGUCUUGGCAAAAUGAUGAUAAUGGGGUGCAUUUUCUAUGUGGGAGAUGCUGUUUGUACCAUCUCUGCAGCCACCUGCUUCCCAGAGCCUUUCAUCAGUGAAGGAAAGCGACUGGGUUAUAUCCAUCGAAAUUUUGCUGGAAACAGAUUCUCUGAUCACGUGGCCCUUUUAUCAGUAUUCCAAGCUUGGGAUGAUGCUAGAAUGGGGGGAGAAGAGGCCGAGAUACGUUUUUGUGAGCACAAAAGACUCAAUAUGGCUACACUCAGAAUGACCUGGGAGGCCAAAGUUCAGCUCAAAGAGAUUCUGAUUAACUCUGGAUUUCCAGAAGAUUGUUUACUGACACAAGUGUUUACCAACACUGGACCGGACAACAAUCUGGAUGUUGUUAUCUCUCUCCUGGCCUUUGGUGUGUACCCCAAUGUGUGCUACCAUAAGGAGAAGAGAAAGAUUCUCACGACCGAAGGGCGCAACGCACUCAUCCACAAGUCAUCUGUCAAUUGUCCUUUCAGCAGCCAGGACAUGAAGUACCCGUCUCCCUUCUUUGUAUUUGGUGAAAAGAUUCGAACCCGGGCCAUCUCUGCUAAAGGCAUGACCUUAGUCAGCCCCUUGCAGCUGCUUCUCUUUGCCUCCAAGAAAGUGCAGUCUGAUGGACAGAUUGUGCUUGUAGAUGACUGGAUCAAACUGCAGAUGUCUCAUGAGUCUGCCGCCUGUGUCACUGCCCUCCGGGCCGCCGUGGAGGCUCUGGUUGUGGAAGUAACCAAGCAGCCUGAUAUCAUCAGCCAGCUGGACCCUGUGAACGAACGCAUGCUGAACACAAUCCGCCAGAUCUCCCGGCCCUCGGCUGCUGGCAUCAACCUCAUGAUUGGCAACACACGGUAUGGAGAUGGUCCGCGUCCCCCCAAGAUGGCUCGCUACGACAACGGGAGUGGAUAUAGGAGGGGAGGCCCCAGCUAUGGCGGCGGGGGCUACAGAGGUGGGGGGGGCUAUGGUGGCGGCGGCUACGGUGGCGGCGGCUACGGUGGCGGCUCCAGCUCCUACCGGGGAGGCUACGGUGGGGGGGGUGGCUACCGAGGGGGCUCCCGAGGUGGCUACAGAGGUGCAUCAGGAGGAGACUACAGAGGGCCCACCGGAGGAGGCUACAGAGGGCCCGGGGGCUUCCAGCGAGGCGGGGGCAGAGGGGGCUGUGGGGGUGGCUACUUGGGACAAGGGAGAGGAGGAGGAUGUGGCUACUAAAGCUUGGGUAUGGCAGCGCCUGUGCACAGACCGCGGGGGGAGAAAGCAUGCUACUUGUUUUCCCAGGUUUACUUGCUGCCGACAAAUAAACCCAUUUCCCACCCAUUCUGUGGUUCAUUGUAGUUUAAGGAAACAAAGCACAUAGAUGUAUUGGUGGUUUUGUUUAUAUUAUGUAAAAUAGAAUAAUCUAUUAUAAAAAUACCACAGUUUGUAUUUUUUCUUUAAGGAGUAAAGAUUUGCCCUUAAAAUUAACUUGAUAUUUUCUUGGCUUUAGUUUAAAUACAAUAGAAAAUAAAAGUAUUACAUUGAA